GCUAUCGGAUUCGCAACGAUUUAAAAUGACCAGCAUCUGGUUUAACCAGUGCUGGCUGCUGUUGCUGCUGCUCUGCCAUGUGCAGGCACAAAGAAGCACCGGUGGACGCAAUGUUCUGCGUCGCAAUUAUACGGGCAAGAAACCAGUUGUCAUCCAGCACAGAUCACAGGAUGCCGUCAACUACUACGAUCAUGAGAAUGGUGCCAAGAUAAUAAAAUCAUCACACUUUGAACUGGAUUACACUUUGGGCCGCAAGAUAACAUUCUUCUGCAUGGCACAGGGUAAUCCACGUCCAACAAUAACCUGGUUCAAGGAUGGGGCCGAAUUGUAUCAGCAUCGCUUCUUUCAGGUACACGAAACGCAUCCGGAACCAGAAAUAAUUAAAUCAAAAAUGGAAAUCGAUCCAACAACACAAAUGGAUGCAGGCUAUUACGAGUGCCAGGCGGACAAUAUAUAUGCGAUUGAUCGUCGAGGCUUUCGCACGGAUUAUGCCAUGGUUAAUUUUUAAGAGCCUUUCAAUUUUUGUGUCUGCUUUUUUUCUACACUAAUCGCAACUCAACUGAUUUUGCAAAUAAAUGACAAUAAAGUUUGGAAUUUUUUUUCUUCGAAAA